GCUCUCGUCAGAAGCCUGAUUUUGAGAGAAAUGGCACAACUUACACAAGUGCAUAGUGACAGGUCCUGGGUAUCCUUUGGGAGUAUCCAAUCAAUCAUGAGAUUGUGAGAGGAAUUCAGCCGAGCACUGAAUUAGCUUCCAAUGGAAUGUAUUCAUGUGCAACAUCCCACUGUCUAAAUGACACCAAAAUGGCUCCUAGUCCUUGAAAGACUUUACCAUGAUUAGCUGGAGGAAUUGGCUGUUUGUGUCAAUCACUCUCCUGCGCCAGCUCUUUCUAUAGUUCUGUAGGUGAGAGACGGGCGGCAUUCUGAUAACGGAGACAACAGAAGCAGCAGCUGCCGGGAUUUUCUGUGGUGAUUAAAUACUUCUUGUGUCUUUUCCGCUGCUAUAAUCCUUGUACCAGAGAAAGAGGCUGCAUGAGAAUAAUGGUGAAUAGAGCAGUGAAUCAUUCCAGCUGGCUGCAUCUUAAAUAGCACUCUGUAUAGAAUGGGAUUGGACUCCCUUGUUCAGUCACUAGAGCAGCAGCAUUUUAAGGAGUUUCUCCUAGAAUUUGUUCCAGAAAGAGGGGCUUUUCCUCUUCUUCUCUCACUAGUAGUCACAUUUCGACAUGAGAUAAUAUUGAAGGAAACAUAUUGGAUCUUUUCUACUGGCAUCUUAGACUCUCAGAGUUCAUUUCUAUGGAGACGAUCUCUAGGAAAAGUGAGUCCUCUUUCAGUUGACUGCCCAAAGACACUGGAAAAUCAAGAGAAGAUCCCACUCCAUACAGCUCCUGAAGGGAAAUCCUCAAUGUACUGCAAUGGUUACAUGAAUCCCUUAUGAAUACUAGAGAGUCCCACAUUUUUCUCACUAUGGGACAAUAAUAAAUAAAAGAAGAAUAAAAAAUAUUUAAAAGAAGGCCCAUCAAUACACCAUGAAUUUUGUCAUUAAGCUUCGCAGGAAUUUGCGAAGACUGGUGAUCCUACUCGCCACCUUCUGCAUGGUGAGCAUUCUCAUAUCUGCUUAUUACUUGUACAAUGGCUAUAACCAGGAGAUAGAACUCUCAGAUGGUACCCCUGAUAUGGAUUGUGGAGACCUAAAGCUUCUACCUUAUCGGCUAAUGGAGAUGAAGACUGCAAAGCCCAUUGACACUUCAAGGACAGAUCCUGUCGUACUGGUCUUUGUCGAGAGUCAGUAUUCGCAGCUGGGGCAAGAUAUCAUUGCAAUCCUGGAGUCAAGUCAGUUCCAGUACCAUUCAGAAAUUGCGCCAGGAAAGGGUGAUAUCCCACCCUUGACAAAUAAAGGAAGAGGACGCUAUGCACUGAUUAUCUAUGAAAAUAUGCUAAAAUAUGUGAAUAUGGACUCAUGGAAUAGGGACCUUUUAGAUAAAUACUGUGUGGAAUACAGCGUUGGAAUUAUUGGUUUCCACAAGGCAAAUGAAAACACUUUACCAAUCGUCAAACUGAAGGGCUUUCCUUUGUACCUACAUACCAAUUUGGGCCUUAAGGAUUGCUGUGUUAAUCCUCGUUCUCCAUUGCUCUCUAUCACCAAAGCAGAAGUAGACAGGGGACCAUUACCUGGAGAGGACUGGACAGUGUUCCAGUCCAACCAUUCCACAUAUGAACCAGUGUUGCUGGCUAAAUCAAGACAAACAGAUAACAUUCCAUCAGCCCUCAUGGGGCAAUCUCUGUACAUUACCGUUAUCCAGGAUUUAGGCCUUUAUGAUGGCAUUCAACGUGUUCUUUUCGGACACAACCUUAAUUAUUGGCUGCACAGGCUCAUCUUCGUGGAUGCCAUUUCUUUCCUUUCAGGGAAGAAGCUCUCUCUGUCUAUGGAAAGAUACAUUCUUGUUGACAUUGAUGAUAUUUUUGUUGGGAAAGAAGGAACCCGGAUGAAUGUCAAUGAUGUAAAGGCCCUUCUGGAUAUGCAGAAUCUACUCCGUUCUCAAAUAACAAAUUUUACUUUCAACCUUGGAUUUUCAGGAAAGUUCUACCACACUGGUACAGAAGAAGAAGAUGAAGGGGAUGACCUAUUAUUGAAAUAUGUGGACGAAUUCUGGUGGUUUCCUCACAUGUGGAGCCACAUGCAGCCUCAUCUUUUCCACAAUGAAUCUUCCUUGAUGGAACAGAUGAUUCUAAACAAAGAAUUUGCUCUGGAGCAUGGCAUUCCCACUGACAUGGGCUAUGCAGUGGCACCUCAUCAUUCUGGCGUGUACCCUGUACAUGUGCAACUCUACGAGUCAUGGAAGAAAGCCUGGAAUAUCAAAGUGACCAGCACUGAGGAGUAUCCACACCUGAAACCCGCACGUUACAGGAAGGGAUUCAUACACAACAACAUCAUGGUACUUCCCCGUCAAACAUGUGGCUUGUUCACCCACACAAUAUUCUACAAGGAGUAUCCUGGGGGCCCCAAAGAGCUGGACAAGAGCAUUAAAGGAGGGGAGCUCUUUCUAACAGUUCUACUGAAUCCGAUCAGCAUCUUUAUGACCCAUUUAUCUAACUAUGGAAAUGACCGCUUGGGUCUCUACACAUUUGCAAACCUGGCCAACUUUGUUCAGUGUUGGACCAACCUCAAACUGCGCACUCUGCCACCAGUCCAGCUGGCUCACAAAUACUUCCAGCUCUUCCCCGAGCAGAAGGAACCUCUUUGGCGGAACCCAUGUGAUGACAGAAGACACAAGGAUAUCUGGUCAAAAGAGAAAACCUGUGAUCGCUUGCCCAGAUUCUUGGUGAUUGGGCCUCAGAAGACCGGAACUACAGCAUUGUAUCUAUUCCUUAUAAUGCAUCCUUCAAUAACCAGCAAUUUUCCUAGUCUGAAAACCUUUGAGGAAGUUCAGUUCUUUAAUGGCAACAACUACCAUAAAGGCAUUGAUUGGUACAUGGAGUUUUUUCCCAUUCCCUCCAAUGUGACAACAGAUUUUCUCUUCGAAAAAAGUGCAAAUUACUUUCCUUCAGAAGAAGCACCCAAGCGUGCUGCUGCACUCUUACCAAAAUCAAAGAUCAUCACACUGCUCAUCAACCCCUCAGAUCGAGCCUACUCUUGGUAUCAGCACCAAAGGGCUCAUGAGGAUCAUGCUGCUCUGAAAUACAGUUUCUACGAGGUGAUUACAGCAGGACACCAUGCCCCACCCGAGCUGAGAUCUCUGCAGAACAGAUGUUUGGUUCCAGGCUGGUAUGCUGUCCAUAUUGAGAGAUGGCUUUCCUACUUUCCUCCAAGUCAGCUCCUUAUUAUAGAUGGACAGCAGUUGAGAAACGAUCCUGCAGCUGUAAUGGAUGAAGUCCAGAAGUUCCUUGGCGUUUCCCCAUAUUACAACUAUUCUCAGGCAUUGACGUUUGAUCCCCAGAAAGGAUUCUGGUGCCAGCUACUUGAGGGAGGGAAAACUAAAUGUCUAGGCAAAAGCAAAGGCAGGAAGUAUCCUUCCAUGGAUUCUGAGUCUAGAGCAUUCCUGUCAAGAUACUACAAAGACCACAACAUUGAACUCUCCAAACUGUUACACAGACUUGGACAGCCACUGCCUUCUUGGCUAAGAGAGGAACUGCAGAAAGUGAGAUAGCAAUGAAGAAAAUCUUCAAGAAAGGACUUUGUUCAACUUAGGACUCAACAAAUCUUUGAGUGGCUGCCAAAAAAUAGAGCUGGAUUUUGUUUUUCAAAGAUGUACCUCUUCAGGAAAGGAAACCCAUGUUUAAAUGUUUCCAUGUGCUGGCAUGUGGUGUUAAACAGUCAAAACCCUGUAGAAGCCUGAUAAAGAGUGUUGCCUAUAGAAAACGUGCAACAGUAUUGGAAAUUCAGUCUGGAGCCUGCAGAAUGAGUAACCAUAAUUAAUUGAGCAGGCAUGCACUUGUGACUGCAGUGACUUUUUAAUUUAUGAUUCCAGUGCAGUGCUGGUUAGCUGGCUGGUAUCUGUGGUGAUAAUUUGCACUAAGUUAUGUCCCAUGCCCCACUCACUGAGUGUUUCGUCUUGUAUGUAUAGAGAGAAUAUUAGAUAAAACACACAGCAGAGCUUGUAACUAGUUCAACUGGGCAUGCUAAGAGUACAUUGGGGUGAUUCAUUUAAAUUAAACAAUGCCUCAAAUGGUUUGUGGGCUCAUUGUUUCCCGGAAUAAUAUUUAAAUAAAGCGUUUUUUUCUGACUGUUUGCUGCA